AUGGAGCCAUGCAAGUGCGACACCGAAGAGGACGACUACUGCUACCUCUGCUGUGGCAACUCGCACUCCCAAUGCCUUCCCGCCCAUCAGCAUAACAUCCUCAGAUCAAAUGGUGAACGAUGGGAAAGAGAAGCUUGCUCAAGGUGUCGAACCAACAUCAUUGAGUUGGAAGGCCUCCCAUGUGACGACAACGACCCGAAACGUCUUUGUAUGGCCGAGAAAUGCUCAAAUUCCGUUUGCAACAACAAACUACCGGGUGCAGUCUGCGACAAGAAGACUGAAAAGAUAUGCGUCGAAGACCAAUGCGAGAACCCGUGUGCCCGAGUAGCAUCACAUCUAAUGGUCUGCGAUUGCCCUGCUAUCGAUCAAGAUACAGGCUUUGCAUCUGAAGAUAGAUGCCAACUUUGUUGUUACGAUUUUAAUUUGAAACCCAUCAAUAGACGAUGUCAAAAUGCAUUCCGAAAGUACAAGAUCGGAAGUUCCAAGAAUCGCCCAUUCUACCGGGUCGGACUUGACUGCGCCGGCGGCAAGACUUGCAACAGAUUUGGUGUCUGUGCAUCUUGCCAUCUUAAAGUUCCGCUGCUGAUUUUUGGACUGAUAGCCGCUGUGCGCUUCUUC